AGAGAAGAGACCCUGCAGGCAGGCAGUAGCUCCUGGAGAUGGACCAGCAGGGAGAGAAGAGACUCUGCAGGCAGGCAGCAGCUCCUGGAGACGGACCAGCAGGGAGAGAGACUCAGCGAGAGUUCUGGAUUUUGGAAAGAGUUUUUGGACACUCAGCUGCUCCUCCUUUGUCCCCGCAAGGUCCCAGGUGACCCACCAGACUGACAGGGAGAUUAACAUACGGUACGAGUGUGUGGGCUGCUAAUGUGGAGUUUUGUUACGGGGGAACAAAGCCACUUUCCUUCAGCCACUCAAGAAGAGUUAAAGAGUUAAAGUUCUGCUCCCAGACGUCUGCCCUUUCAGUAUCGACCUCUUACUGCGUUUUCUGUCGCUGCUGUGAUCUGAUGUCAUCCUUCCAUUACGUAAGAGCUGCUUAAAAAAAGAUCUGUGGUUUGCGUGAUGUCACCUGGCAGACAAAACGGGCGGCUGUCCCGCUGGCAGAGCAGAGGAAGUGCAGUGUGACAACGUGCGAACAGCAUGGCUCCCCUGCGCUCUGGGAUACUGCAGCUCGCCGGGCUCUUCCUCCUGCUGGGGCACCUGCAGCGGACCGCGGGCACGCCGCUGUGCCAGCCAGGUGAGAAGAGAUCUUAUGAGCAAGAUGGCUGUGUGCCCUGCCAAGAUGACCGCUAUCAGCCAAAGCCCAAUCACAGCAAGACCUGUUUGAAGUGCUCGGUGUGCAAUAAGAAUAAAGGCAGCGAAGAAGUUUCUCCCUGCACGCGCACGAGAAAUGCCAUCUGUAAGUGUCUGCCUGGGUUUGCUUCUCGAGACUCUAACAAUGAGACCUGCACCUGUCAGAAAGGAUAUGAAAUGGAUGCCAAAGAAAAAAGUUGUGUUCCAUGUAAAGACGGAUUUUAUUCUACUGAUGGAGAGAAGUGCAUUAAAUGGACAGAGUGUGGAACGAAGCAGGUGAGGGUGGAAGGCUCGAGGGAGGCGGAUGUGGUCUGCGGCGACGAUCCCAGUGCGCCCAAGUCGUCCCCUGGCACCCCAGUCCCAGGCCUCUCUGGACAAAGCCACAGCACGGACAUCUCCACCGUGGGCGCCAGCAGCGCGCCCGGCAGGAGCGCCACGACGCCAAGGGCAGGAGCCGCGAGCGACUUCAAACUGGGCCUGAUGCUGGCCUUCUUCAUCAGCUCGCUGGUCCUUCUGGUCAUCGUCAUCACCACCUCCUGCAAACUCGUCAUCUGGCCGUGCAUCAAGAAGAAGAAGAAGCUCUUCAUAAACCCAGGUGGGAGACCAUUACAGCAGACGAGCUGUGUGAGCGCAAGACGGCAGCUGCCGCAGGCCGGUGGAGGAAAGUGGGGACAGCAGCCGGUCGUCCCUGGUCAAGUCGAACCAGGGCAAACCGUGACAGGCCAUGUCCUGCCCCCUCUUCUCGUCCUCUCGCCCACCCCCACGCACCACCGCUGGGAUCGGCCCGGCUCGCGCAGGUGAGUCUGACCAGCAGCGA